GAAGUUAAAAAUUUACCCAAUGUUUCACGAUAUGUUCAAAACCUACCCAGCUUAUACGGUCAUGCGAAAACAUGCCUAAUCUUUUGUAUAAUUCAAAUUACAUACCCAACAUUUUGUUUUUGUUCGAAAACCUUUUAUUGCCGUUAGUCCUUAAGCGGUCAUUAACGUACCGUCUAAUCCUAGUUAAGGUUCAUGACAAGUGUGUAAUGACGUGUAUUAUCUCUUGUAUUAACACAUUAAAGAAAAAAAAAAUUCAGUCUAAACUUUUAACUUCCACGAAGACGGAACAAAAACUCUUGUCCUCUCAAACUCAAACCUCUCACUCUGAGAAUCUCAAUCUAACACUCGGCAAAGACAAAAAAAAAAAUAGUGGCGAGUUCAUAUUCCACCAGACAAGAACAUGAGUGACUCCUUUGAAGUACGUUUCACCAUAUAUUGGAGGGGAAAGUUUGAAAUAACUGAAGGUGUAACUUCAUACAAGGGAGGAGAUGUUGUUCAACUUGAUUGUCUUCCUCAAAUGUUGUUCACAAAGAUGGCUGACGCACUCGGGAAUUCCUUGUGUGGGCAAAGGGUUUGGUACAAACUCCCUAAAGAUGAUUUCACAGAGCUUAAAUUGAUGUGCAAUGGAAAUGAAAUGUUUGAUAAGAUGCUUGAGGCGACAAUCUUGUGUAAGGCAGUUCAAAUUUUUAUGGAGAAAGAUGACGACGACAUUGAUGGUGGAGAUGGUGAUGGAAGUGGGGAUAAUGGAGCUUCAGGUGACAGAAGGUCUGGUGAAGGUGAUAGAGUGUCUGGUAUAGGCGAUAAUUGUGAUGAGGAAAUUCUUGAGGAAGAUGCGCGAGUGGAGAAAAACAUAGAAGGAUUUGUGGAUGAAGAAGAAAAUCACAAUGAUGAGGUGACUCCUCAGAAUUCUGACUGUGAGGUAUAAAAAAGGUAGUGGAGUUCUUAUCUUAGGCCAAGCAUUUGAUAGUUUGGCUGAGUUCAAGGAAGCUGUGGUUGAUUACUCUUUGAAGGAUGGAUUCAAUGUUAAAUUCACAAGAUGGGGAUCUCAAAAAUCUGAGGUUAGAUGUGCUGUUGUUGCUGUACAUGAAGAUAGCAACAAUAAUGAAGCUGAUGGUGAUGUAGUUGCACCGGUAACUGAAAAGGAUGGAGACGGAAGCACUGAGAAUCAAAGAUGUCCUUUUAGAAUCUACUGCUCCUUUGAAAAGUCUUUAGGGAUGUACUUGAUCAAGACAUUCGAAGAUGAGCAUUCAUGUAUACCAGACGGAUAUUGCACGGUUAUUAGGGGUCGUAUCAUUGCAAAGUUGGCACUGAAUGAGAUAAGAAGAGAUCCUACACUGAAGCCUAAGGCGAUGCAAGCAAAGAUGGAGGAGAAAUAUAAGGUGAUAGUCUCUAAUGAUCAGUGUAGGAAGGCUAAACAACAAGCAUUGAGGAUGGUUCAAGAUGAACAUGACGAGCAAUUUGCAAGGUUAAAGGACUACAAAAUGGAGGUUAUAAAGUGUAACCCGGAUUCUACUGUGGAACUUGGGACAUUAACCAAUGAAAGUGGAAAAGAGACAUUUGAUCGGAUAUAUGUCUGUUUAGCGCCUCUGAAGAGAACUUGGACUGCUCACUGCCGUCCAAUAUUUGGGAUAGAUGGAUGUUUUCUGAAGAGUAAUGAGAAAGGACAGUUCUUAGCAGCUGUAGGGAGAGACUCAAACAAUCAAUUGUUCCCCAUAGCGUGGGCAGUAGUGGAAGUGGAGAAUACUGAUAGUUGGCUAUGGUUCAUUCAGCUGCUGAAGCUUGAUUUGAACUUGUUGGACGGAACAGGGUUCACUUUAAUCUCGGAUAGGCAGAAAGAGUUGAUCAUUGCCGUGGAGCAGGAACUGCCUAAAGUGGAACACAGAAUGUGUGCUCGGCAUAUCUAUGGCAACCUGAGAAGGGUUUAUCCAGGAAAAGAACUACCUAAAGACUUGUUUUGGGCAGUAGCAAAGAGUUUCAAUGUUGGUGAAUAUGAAAUAGCUCUGAAACAAUUGAAGAAUUUUGAUGUCCGUGUGUAUGAAGCAGUGUUGCUUAAGAACCCGCAUAACUUUAGCCGUGCUUUUUUCAGCUCUACUCCUGUGUGUGAAGAUGUCUCUAACAACUUCUCUGAGUCCUACAACAAUACACUCAACACUGCCCGAGAGAUGCCAUUGGUUGAGAUGUUGGAGACAGUUAGAAGGCAAGCCAUGAUCCGUAUGGAUAUGAGGAAGACAAAGGCUUUUAGGUGGAAAGGAAAAUACAGUGAAAAGGUAGCUAAUACCAUCAAGGCCGAGAAGAAGCAUUUGUUUGAAUGUCGAGUGAUACCUAGUGGUAAUGGUAUUUAUGAAGUUGGAGAGAAUAAUCAUCCUCAUACAGUUGAUAUGGGUGCGAAGACUUGCGUUUGUAGGAGAUGGAGCAUGACUGGUAUUCCUUGCCGACAUGCUUUGAGGGUCAUAUUGAAAAAGAAGCUUGAUCCUUUGGAUUAUGUCUCUCAUUGGUACUUGACAUCCACAUGGAGGAAACAAUACAAUGAUCCAAUAUGUCCAGUGAAUGGAAUCAACUUUUGGAGAUCAUCUGGAGAAGCCACUAUUCAACCACCACCAAGAGAUGUUCCACAACAAACAAAACAGCAGAAGAAGAGAAUUAAAGGGAAAAAUGAGUCUCCUCAGAAGAAAAACAAAGGAAAGGGAGUAGAAGCACCAACGAAAAAGAGGGUUAAGCUGACUAUCGAAGGCAAGACUACACAUUGUAGGAGAUGUGGAGUUGGCGGACAUAACAGUCGAAAAUGUCCUAAUCAUGGAUGCCCGGUUUAUAGACCAAGGAAACAACCUUCUGGACUUAGUCAAGAUGAAGGUCCAAGCCAAGCCUCUCAAAAUUCAAAUCUAGGUUGAACGAAUGGAAGUUGGUUAUCGAAGGCUGGAUCAUGGGUCUUUUUGGUAUUGUUUUCAAGGAAUGAAAGUUGGUUAUUGAAAGAUGGAUCAUGGGUCUUUUUGGUAUUUUUUUCAAGGAAUGAAAGUUCAUUUUAUGCUAUAUUAGACAACUUUGAAUGACUUACGGCUGUUAUUUAUGAUUUGUAUGACUUUAAUGAUUUGCAUGGUUUGAAUGAUUUGUAUCACUCUCAUGUAAACUCCCAAAUUUUCUUCAUUUAUCUUGCCAAAUUCUCA